UAUUUAUUUAGGUAAAAGAUGUGAAUACUUCCUCCACCACUUUAUGGAAAUAGAAAAAAAAAGAAACUGUAAAUAUUAUUAUUCAUAGUUUCAGUUAAAACAAUCUCUCCUGUGGUCCUUUCGACGUAAACUAGGGAUAAUAUUUUUUAUAGUUUGCUUGUAGAGAACCCGGAGGAGGUUGUUUUGUGGUUCACCGAAUAGAGGUGGCAUUCAUGUGUCGAAAGUGCGAAUCGGAAAUUCAGCCUGUGUACAACUGCGUGUGUGUCCUAGACUCAGUGCUGAUUCUCUGAUUUUCCAAACUGGGAAUUCUUCAGCAGAAAUGACCGUGGAACUGACCGGAGACCAGCUUAAAAUGGCUGAGAUGCAGCUAAAGAGAUAUUUACCUAGGUCACAACAGGUAUAUGGAUAUCUGGUCCACAUAAACCGGGUCAGUUCAGACCCUGUGAGGGUCUUAGUGGACAGAUGGCCAGAGUUCAGUGUUGUUGUCUGUAAACCACAAUGUGAACAGAGGGGGGAUAUCUUCAAAGACAUUCUGAUUUUUGCAAAUGAUGAAGCUAUUCUAGAGGAAACCAUCAGGAAGUCCCCUUUUUUUGAUUGGACCCAGUACAUGUGUGUUGGAAUCAACAGUCGCCAUAUGGAGAUAUUCACAGCACUUGCAUCAGAAAAACACGUGUCCUACCACAGACUGGCAGUGUGUCACAAGAUGAUACUGGAGGAUAUAUCCAACCUUCCCUCCAUAGACAGCUCGGGGUUCUCAUUAAGCUCUCUUGAUGAAUCACACACUGGCUUGGUGUGUCAGAUGUGGAAGUUUGCAAAGAACGACGGUGCUGUCAGGAUGAUCCGGAACAUGCUCGCUAACUUCCCGUCCUACUGCGUGCUGGACACAGAGGGAAAGCCUGUGUCCUGGAUCCUGAUCUACGCGUCAUGUUCGAUGGGCAUGUUGUACACUCUGCCAGAGCACAGAGGGAAAGGCUACGCCAAAGUCCUGGUCAGCACUAUGGCCAAGAAACGCCACGCUGAUGGCUACCCAGUGUUCUGCUUCAUAGAGGAGGAGAACAAGGUUUCCUACAGGCUCUUUAAAAGCCUGGGCUUCACUGAGGACCCCUCAUACAGGGAGGCCUGGUGUGGAUUUAAUGAUUUUUAA